CAAACCGGCGCCAGAAGGCGCCUCGCUCUGUGUGUGUCUCUGUCCCGGUCGGAGGGAAGGGAGGCAGGAGGGUUGCCGUGGGCUGAGCAGCGUCCAGAGGCGAGGGUCAUCGGCGGGCGAGGUCUGGGCCGUGGCUGGCCGUCGGGCGGCUCCAUGCGGUGGGGCUGCCGGAGGGCGAGGCGGCGAAGCAGCAGCAGCCGGAGCGGGAGCGGGACAUGCCCAGGCGCCUCCCGGGGCCGGGGCUCCGACGCCUCCCGCCUCACCCCCCUCCUCCUCCUCCCGGCUCCUCUUCCUCCUCUUCCUCUUCCUCUUCCUCGCCGGUGGAGGGAUGCGAGGACCGCUCCCGCUCCUCCUGUUCCCCGUCUUUCUCGGAGCCCUCCUCAGACUGGUGUCAGGAAAAGGAGAAGCCAAAUCCGCCCCACGGAGCGUGCCCCAGCCCAUGUCUCCCUCUGAUUUCCUGGACAAGCUUAUGGGCCGGACCUCAGGGUAUGAUGCCCGCAUCAGACCCAAUUUCAAAGGCCCUCCUGUCAACGUGACAUGCAACAUCUUCAUCAACAGUUUUGGUUCAGUCACAGAAACGACCAUGGAUUACCGGGUCAAUGUCUUCCUGAGGCAACAGUGGAACGACCCCCGCCUGGCCUACCGGGAAUAUCCAGACGACUCCCUGGACCUUGACCCCUCCAUGCUGGAUUCCAUCUGGAAGCCAGACUUGUUCUUUGCCAACGAGAAAGGGGCCAACUUCCACGAAGUCACCACUGACAACAAGCUCCUGCGCAUCUUCAAGAAUGGGAACGUGCUUUACAGCAUCAGGCUGACACUCAUCCUCUCCUGCCCCAUGGAUCUCAAGAACUUCCCCAUGGAUAUCCAGACAUGCACCAUGCAGCUUGAGAGUUUCGGCUACACCAUGAACGACUUGAUCUUUGAGUGGGUGAAGGGCCAGGACGCCGUGCAGGUGGCAGAGGGCCUGACGCUGCCCCAGUUCAUUCUGCGGGACGAGAAGGACCUGGGGCAUUGCACCAAAUCCUACAACACGGGGAAGUUCACCUGCAUCGAGGUGAAGUUCCACCUGGAACGGCAGAUGGGAUACUACCUCAUCCAGAUGUACAUCCCCAGCUUGCUGAUCGUCAUCCUCUCCUGGGUCUCCUUUUGGAUCAAUAUGGACGCUGCACCUGCCCGGGUGGGGCUGGGCAUCACCACCGUCCUGACCAUGACCACCCAGAGCGCCGGCUCUCGGGCAUCUCUGCCAAAGGUCUCCUAUGUAAAAGCCAUUGAUAUCUGGAUGGCUGUCUGCCUCCUCUUUGUCUUCGCUGCCUUGCUGGAGUACGCUGCGGUCAACUUUGUCUCCCGCCAACACAAGGAGUUCAUGCGCCUCCGUCGAAGGCAGCGGCGGCAGCGGAUGGGUCUGGCCAGCCGGACGCCCAGCCUGGAGUCCCUGCAGCAGCUGGAGGACCUGCCCAGCAGCGAGUCCACCUACGAGACCCUCUCUCAGUUCAGCAGCACCGACUCCAGGGAGGAGGAGAUCGUCCGUGAGAGUCGCUUCUACUUCCGGGGCUACGGCCUGGGCCACUGUUUGCAGCACAUGAAAGAUGGUGGAGGGGGUCCCACAGAGAGCCCCCACCUCUACAGCCCGCCCCCUCCGACCUCGCUCCUGCGGGAAGGAGAGCUCCUCCGACGGCGCUAUCUGGACAGGGCCAAACGGAUCGACACCAUUUCCCGGGCUGUCUUCCCCUUCACCUUCCUGGUUUUCAAUAUCUUCUACUGGCUGGUCUACAAAGUCCUGCGCUCUGAGGAUGUCCACCCGGCGGCACCCUGAGGGUCAAGAGCGACCAGGGACCAAGCCCACUGGGCAGGGCUGCUUGUGACCUUCCUCCUGGCAUUUGCACGAUGAAACAC